AUGGCGAAACAACAAGCAAUUACAAUGGUUGCAUUGGGACGGCCAUUUCGUUUGGGUAUGCUCUAUGAUGCUCGUAAUGAUGAGUUAAUCAGUGGCAUAACUCUAUGGGAUCCACAGACCUUGGCGAACCAUACAAUUACACGUAAUCAACCGUAUACUGGCUAUGAAAUACUUACUAAAGAUUCAUUACAACAUAAAGCACAUGCUUUAGGAGUUGACGCUAGUUUAAAAUUAAGUCUGCUUGGCGGUCUAAUGAAUAUUUCAGGCUCUGCAAAAUAUGCUGAGGAUUAUCAAAGGACAAACCAUGAAACCCGUCUGACACUAAAAUAUUCAACUACAACGCAUUUUCAACAGUUAACAAUGAAACAUCUUGGUAAAAGUAAUCCAGAUCAUCCGGAUUUACACGAUAAAAACCUUGCUACACAUGUUGUUACUGGUGUCGUUUAUGGUGCUGAAGCAUUUUUUAUAUUUGAUCGUACAAUAUCGAAUAGUGAAUCUAAAGCAGAAGUUAGCGGUUCAUUAAAGGCGUUAUUUGAAAAACCAACGUUUAAAAUUGAAGGGGAAGCUAAAUUAAAUUUCACCGAUCAAGAAAAGAAUUUCGUUGAUAAGUUACACUGUAAAUUUUAUGGUGAUUUUCGUCUCAACAAAAAUCCAAAUAACUUUGAUGAAGCUGUUACAAUUUAUCGCCAAUUACCGUCAUUGUUGGGUGUAAAUAAUGAAAACGCCAUACCAAAAAAGGUCUGGUUAUAUCCAUUACAUCUUUUGGAUAAGAAAGCGAUGAGAAUUAUUCGAGAAAUCUCAUCUAAUUUAGUUGAUUACUCAAUAUCGACAAUUGAAAAUUUGCAUUCUUUGGAAGUGAGAGCGUUAGAUUUAUCAGAGACUAAAAUAUUUACACAUUUUAGUUUUAUGAAAAUAUACUUAUCGGAUUUUGCCGCGCGACUAUCGGAAUUUCAACGAGAUUUGAAAGAAAAGCUUGCAUUAUAUCUACCAAAACUACGCGGGGACACUGGAGUUCAAGAAUCUGUUUUAUUUCAAUUGUUUCGACAAGUUGAUUCAUCGCCAUUCUAUAAGCAAACAUUAGAAUCAUGGCUCGAAGAAAAAGAAAAAGAAAUCGCAUUGAUGACAACAUGGAUCGAAAAUCUUGCCAAAGAUAUUCUAAUCAAAUCAUCGUCAUUAGAUGAAGUCAUUGAUGAUAUUAGAUAUGAUUAUAUUUUCUGUCUUUCUUUACGUCUCGUUGAAGAAAAUGAUCCGCAACUUACUGAUAUGCAGAAUUAUUUACAUAAUAAGAACACUUUUAACUCAUCGACUACUCGUAAAAAACACACCCCAUGGUUUGCAGACCGUCGUAGUAUGGCAACAAUUCGCAAAAAUUUACGACAAUUUAAAGAAUUUGCUGAAGCAAACAAUGUUGAAAAUGCAAAAAUAAAAUUUAUCGUCAAUGAAGAAUAUUCGGUUAAUGAUACUAAAACUAUUAAGCUUGUUCUUUACGAUGAUGGAUUAGAAAAAAGUGGCUUUAUUAUACCAAGUAAACCAGGCGCACCAUAUGCAGUAUCUGUUACAGACAAUAAUGUAACAUUAGCAUGGGCAGAUGCAACUAGUGGAACCGAAGAAGUACAAAAUUACAAAGUUAUGUAUCAGAAAUAUCGUGGAGAACCAUUUAUCGGUGAAAAUGUAACUGAAAAAGAAGAAAGAUGGACUGAAGUUCACACAAAUGCUAAUCACAAGAAGAUAAUCAUUUCGAAUCUGCCAUCAAGCACGAGAUUUGUAUUCAAAGUGCAAUCUGUAACUGCAAUUGGACUUAGUGCAAUCAGUACAUGUAGCGAAAUCAUAGAAACACUAGCAAAAAAAGUUGAACCAAAAUUCAACAAAUGGCAACAAAAUGCCAUUACUGUAGCUGGUGGAAAUGGAGAAGGACAACAAUUAAAUCAACUCAGUCGCCCUGAAGGAAUCUUUAUUGAUAAAAACAAAACUAUUUUCAUCGCUGAUUUUUUCAACCAUCGUAUUGUUGCAUGGAAAUAUAAUGCAAAACAAGGACAAAUCGUUGCAGGCGGAAAUGGGCCAGGAAAUCGAAGGAAUCAAUUGAAUAUGCCAAGAGAUGUGAUUGUUGAUCAACUAAGUCAUUCCAUCAUCAUUGCUGUAUGGGGAAACAGACGAGUAAUUCAAUGGGUGAAUCAAGAGCAACAACUUCUCAUAGAAAAUAUUGACUGUCAUGGCUUGGCAAUGGAUAAACAUGGAUUUCUUUAUGUUUCUGAUUAUAAAAAGAAUGAAGUGAGACGAUGGAAAAUGGGUGACUACGACAACGAAGGAAUUAUAGUGGCAGGUGGAGAUGGACAAGGAAACCAACUUAAUCAACUCUAUCGUCCUGUUUAUAUCUUUGUUGAUGAAGAACAAUCUGUUUAUGUAUCAGAUUCUCACAAUAAUCGUGUAAUGAAAUGGAGAAAAGAUGCAAAAGAAGGAAUAGUUGUGGCUGGAGGAAAUGGUAAAGGAGGAAAUCUCAAUCAAUUGUCUCAACCUACACGAGUAAUUGUUGAUUAUUUGGGUCAAAUCUAUGUGGCAGAUAGUGGUAACCAUCGAAUAAUGCGUUGGUGUGAAGGAAAAAAAGAAGGUGAAAUUGUUGUUGGUGGAAAUGGUGAAGGAAAUCAAUCAAACCAAUUGAGUACUCCCAUGGGUUUAUCUUUUGAUGAUGAAGAAAAUCUUUAUGUUGCUGAUUAUAUGAAUCAUCGAAUUCAAAAAUUUGAAGUAAUUUCGUGA